GUCACUUCCGGGACAACAUUUUCCUUUGUAGCAGACUGACAAAUCCGCUGCAUCUUUUUACUAUAAAUUCUUCAUAUUUUUGACUAGAUUUUUAUAAUUUUUAUUAAAAAGACAAAGUGCGAAGUUUUUCUGCCAUUUCCCACCCCCAGAGCAGCAGCAGGAUGUCAGAUCUGGACCUGUCCCCCCCGGAGGUCCCAGAGCCCACCUUUCUGGAGAGUGUGCUGAAGUACGGCCUGUUCCUGGGGGCCAUCUUCCAGCUCAUCUGCAUCCUCGCCAUCAUCAUCCCCUCGUCUAAAGGCCACGAGCAGGAGGAGACAGAGGCCACAGAUAACAAAACUGCUGCAGAACAAAUGAAGAAGUCUAAAGGAGCAGCGCCCCAGAUCAGGCAGAAACCAAAGAAAGAGAGUAAAAAGAAGAGAUAGACUGGCCCGUGUGUGUGCGUUUUGUAUGUAUAUGUGUGUGUGAGAAAGAGAGGGUAUAUGUUUGCAGGCAUGUGAGAGAGAUAAAUAAAGGUGUGAGCGAAAAGAAAGAGAGAGAGGUGUGUGUAUAAGAGGUGCGUUUGUGCGUCAUCAUGACCGUGUUGGCCUGUUAUUACUGUUACCACUACGAUAACAUCAAACACUCAUUUCAAACUUAACCAUUAUUUACUGUUCUUCAGGACUUUAUUUGUCAGUUUUGUGUGUACACAUUUACUACAAUGCUCUUUUUAUUUGAAAUAAACAAAUAAAAAAUGAUUUAUGAUAA